AUGUCGCGCUCGACGACAGACUCCGGCGCAACGGCGGAGGCCCCUUCUCUUCCGUGGAGGGCGCUGUCCGCCACGACGAUGUUCGGCGUAGCUUCUCUGUGCCGCUCGUUCCUUUAUGUGUGCAGCAAGCCACAGGUAUACGGCCUGGAGCCUUUCCUGGAGAUACUGGACUCGAGACGCGACCCGGCCCAGCGGACAAGAGGGUUGUUAACAGCGUGUACGUGCGUACAAUGCGCCUCGAGGUCUGAGGCGAUGCGAUUUACUUCCCAACAACGGAGACAGCUGACCAAGGUCGCGAAACCGAGCAGGAUGGAUGAUCCGAUCAUGUGGGGGUUUUUGCCUUUACGUUACUAUUUGGGCCUUUCGUCGUCGAACAAGCGAUGGGGAUUCGGAAGCCAUGAUAUCUGCUACCAAACGAGACCCUUGGCGCUGUUCUUUACGAUGGGUCAAGUCCUUCCCACCCACCGACUGGCUCAUUCGCCACACGGUGGUCUAGCACAACCCGUUGUAACACAGGCGAUCCGAUUGCUCUCGAAGGGCCCCUUCCCCGCCGAACCUCAUCUUGCGCUUCCCGAGCGGCAAUCGUGGAGCUUGCAAAAUGUCUGCGUCGACCCGUUCUCCGACCUCCCUACCGCGUAUACGACCGACGGCCACGAUUCCCAUCUGUCGCCUUCCUCCUACGCCUGCAACUCCUAUUCCUGGUUCCAUAUCUUCCCCGAGGGAAUGAUCCACCAGGCGCCCAAUAAGACGAUGCGGUAUUUCAAGUGGGGUGUCGCCCGACUCAUUCUCGAGGCCAGUGAAUGUCCCGAUGUUGUGCCCAUCUGGCUGGAAGGUUUCGACCAGGUUAUGCAUGAAAGUCGCGAGUUUCCCCGGUUCCUUCCUCGCGUUGGAAAGGAGGUCAGUAUCACGUUUGGAAAGAAGGUAGAUACGGAAGCCGUCUUUGGAGAGUCGCGGAGGAAAUGGCAGGCGAUCAAGGCCAAGGCCGAGCGCGCAUCGCCCGACACCCGCGAUCUCCCACUCGGCGUGCUGAAUGAUGAGCUCCUGUACGGGACGGAGGCGGUUGAGCUGCGCAAGGAGGUUACGAAGAAGGUGCGCGACCUCGUGCUCGAAGUGAGACGGUCCAGAGGCCACUCUGAUGAAGAUCCCAAGGAAGGACUCGUGGAGACUUGGAUUCGAGAAGGGCCCAAACGUGAGGGGAAGAUGUUGGAUGAUUCCUGGUUCAAGAAGACUACCUAUGCAAAGCCAGCAAGCACCGCUCACCACACUCUCGUCUCAGGUGGUUCUCGUUACAAAGAAAAUGAUCGCCUCCGCCCCUCCCCCGCGUCUCCGGCGACAGAGCAACAGCCCUCCGUGAACGAGCUGAUUAACCACCUCCGACGCACUCAAGUCUCGCGGCCAGCUGAUCAGGGAUCCGAGAAUCCUUACCGAUUUGUCGCUCCACGCUCCGUUCAUCCCUCUCUCCGCAACCUCCUCGAGCUUCCUGAAACUCCGCCCCCACGUCCCCGGCCCGACUCGCGGCGCCAUGCCGUCGGCGCAAGACGGAUGAGACGAACCGCCGGACCACCACCUCCCCAAAGCUGGCUUGUGGGGAAUUACAACUCGGAUAGCCGCGAGGACGAGGUCCUCGACCAAGAUAGUGCGAUCGAGAGUCGCAUCAUCUACCGACUGGAACGAUUACCCGGCACGACGUUCCCCACCAAGGGGAGCCUACAGCAUACCGUCCUCAAAUCUAUGGCUCUAUACUGGGGCUGGCAUCUCGAGUACGACGGACCGUUUCUUGGAGAGCUGCCCAACCACAUUAAGGUCCGGCUCCUCAGUUAUAUCAGUAUAUACGCACGCGACCAGAUCCCCGCGGGCUUGGGGCUUAGGCCACUGUUCACCAGCCCCCACCAAGCCGAUGACGCAGUACAUGACCCGAACAGUGAGAUAACACAUGCAAACGACGGCGAGGUCACCCGACUCGACCUGGGUAGCGCCUUAGGUCGCAGGCUCACUCUCAAACAAGUCUCGUCCGAGCUUCUGGUUACUACCAAGAGACCCAACGUUGCCCAGCAGACGCCCAAGGAAGCCGUUGUUCCCGCUUCCUGGGAGGAUGAAUACGAGGAACAACAGACACCUCCAGCCCUGACGACGGCCACGCUCCGCACCCCGCGCUUCGAGAAUCUCCGCUACUUGUCUCUCGCCCACCCUACCCACGGCUCCGCCAACUGGAACUCCCUCAUCACUCUCCUGUCACGCCUAUCGCGCAUCACGCAUCUUUCUCUAGCCCACUGGCCUCUUCCAACUGUCACGCCGCACGCUCUCAACGCCACCGUCCGCCACCCCACCCAGCGAUCUCUCACGUUCGCCUACGGCGGAACCGAUUCGUAUGCAGCAAGCGAGAACAACUGGGCCGAGUCCGCGGGCAUCCUGCGACGGCUGUCGCGGGCGACGUACUGCCUGAAAUGGCUGGACCUGGAAGGGUGCGGGGAGUGGAUCCCCGCGUUGAACUGGGUGGGUGUCGGACCCGACGGAGAGACGUACGCCACCGGCCCGGAGUGGAAUGGGUCGUGGAGAGAUAUCGAUUGGAUUCGCUUGGGGCCUGGGUGGUUCCCUCUUGUUGACAGUGACGAUAACGCCGACGACGGGACUCGGAGACUAGCGAGUACAGUUCAGCAGCAGGCAACCAACGACCUCAGGCCGGAGGAUCUGGGAGGGUUGAGGUCGCUGGCCUCGUCGAUGCAUGCGCCGACGGAUGGUAGUGAACCAACGGACCUUCCGUGGGAUGUCGAGGAGGAGAGGAUCAAGUAUCGGCGGAGUAAGGAACUGCAGCGUUAUCGGCAGACAAUCACCUCGGCGAAAGAGGUGCAGCUGGGCAUUCAGCGGGUUCGGAAGCAAGCCAAGGGGAAGUGGAUGCGGUUCUCCUUUGGAUUGGAGGGGUUGCAGGAUGAUGCGUUGAAGAGGUUGCUUGGUGAGCAGUGGUUGAGUUUAUUACCUUGA